ACCACUAGAGGGCGAUAACACGCCAGCUCGCAUUUACACUGCCGCAAACCACCAACGAAGAAGAAGAAGGGCCGAGCGGUGGAGGGGGAGGGAGCACAGAAGGAAGCGGUUCCUGCUUCUUAGCUGUUGUUGGUGUCAUCUUAGUCGAAAUUACAGGAUGGCACAGUGGGGGGCCAUAUUCUCAAUAAUUGCUGCGCUUGGAGGAGCGGCACUCUUAACCUCUGUGCACAAGAUUGAAGAAGGACACACCGGAGUUUACUAUAGAGGAGGGGCUCUCCUGACUACCACCAGUGGCCCUGGCUUCCAUCUCAUGCUUCCGUUCAUUACCACAUACAAGUCUGUUCAGACGACGCUGCAGACAGACGAAGUAAAGAAUGUACCGUGUGGCACAAGCGGGGGAGUUAUGAUUUACUUCGACCGCAUAGAGGUGGUAAACUAUCUCAUUCCAUCAGCAGUCUACGACAUAGUGAGGAACUUCACAGCCGACUACGACAAAGCGUUGAUAUUCAACAAGGUUCACCACGAACUCAACCAGUUCUGCAGCGUUCACUCACUGCAGGAGGUCUACAUUGGCUUGUUUGACCAAAUUGAUGAAAACCUGAAGUUGACGCUACAAGAGGAUCUGACAUCCAUGGCACCCGGACUCAUCAUUCAGGCUGUCCGUGUCACAAAACCAAACAUCCCAGAGAGCAUUCGCAGGAACUAUGAGCUCAUGGAGAGUGAGAAGACAAAGCUGCUGAUCUCUCAACAGACACAGAAGGUCGUGGAGAAGGAGGCAGAGACAGAAAGGAUCAAAGCUGUGAUAGAGGCAGAGAAAGUGGCACAAGUGGCAGAGAUCAAGUUUGGACAGAAGGUCAUGGAGAAGGAAACUGAAAAGAAGAUCUCCGAGAUAGAAGACAGCGCUUUCCUGGCCCGGCAGAAAGCCAAAGCAGAUGCAGAGUUCUACACAGCGCUGAGAACAGCCGAGGCCAAUAAGCUAAAGUUAACACCAGAGUACCUGCAGCUAAUGAAAUACAAGGCCAUCGCCGCGAACAGUAAAAUCUACUUCGGCAACGACAUACCUCAGAUGUUUGUUGACUCUGGCUCUGCGGACAGCCCCAUCAAGGCCUCUGUAGCCAUGGACAUUGUUGGGUUCCCAGCCUGUACCGCAGCAUCCACCAGCAGCACCACCAGCACCACAUCCCCUUCGCCCUGACAGCCCAGGAUGCCAGCUGUGCCGAGCUGCUGUCUCUGCUGCUGCUGGCCCUGAGCAGCUCCUGGCUCGUGGGCGCCCACCCCCUGAGCGAGGUCGUCUUCCACCUCCUCAACAGCUGGCUGGCGGUGGAGGACCACUGUGGCUACAAC